UGGGCGUCAGGUCGGGGAGCCGGUCGGGUUCCCGCUCGCUGUCGCCGCCGCCGCCGCCGCCGCCCCCCACAGUGCCUCUCCCGCCUCUCCACAGCGCGGGUCGUGGGAGCUGCAUCCUCCACUCAGUUCGCUGUGGAGACUCCUGUUCGGGAUCAGCGAGCCUGCGACGCGACACCCCGACACCCCCGUCACCUCCAGCCCGGGCGACCCCUCCCCGGCCGGGUCCGCCCGAGCCCUGCGCGGUGCCCGAGCCCCCUGGCCCUGAGCGUCCCGUGGGCCCGCUCCCGCACUCAGGCUUCGGCACUCCCACAGCCGCCGCCCCCCACCCGGAACAUGGACUCCGACUCCUGCGCCGCCGCCUUCCACCCCGAGGAGUACUCCCCCACUUGUAAGAGGCGCCGGACUGUGGAAGACUUCAACAAAUUCUGCACCUUCGUCUUGGCGUAUGCAGGCUACAUCCCCUACCCAAAGGAGGAGCUCCCCCUGAGGAGCAGUCCCAGCCCCGCCAACAGCACUGCCGGGACCAUUGACAGUGACGGCUGGGACACUGGUUUCUCUGACAUCACGCCUCCAGUGCCCGACGGAUGCUUCAGCCACCUGCAGCCUUCCCUCUUGCAGAGAGCUAAGCCCAGUAACUACCUGCUGGACAGGAAGAAAACUGACAAGCUGAAGAAGAAGAAGAAGAGGAAGCGCAGGGACAGCGACAUGCCUGUGAAGGAGGGAUUCAGGGAGAGCCUGCUGAAGCUGGAAGCUGCAGACCCAUAUGUGGAGACCCCCUCAAGUCCCACCAUGCAGGAUAUUCCCCAGGCGUCUGCUGACCCCUGCUCAGGCUGGGACUCUGAUACUCCCUCAAGUGGCUCUUGUGCUACUGUGUCACCUGAUCAGGUCACAGAAAUAAAAACUGAAGGAAAACGGACUAUUGUCCGCCAGGGGAAGCAGGUGGUGUUCCGAGACGAAGAUAGCACUGGAAAUGAUGAAGACAUCAUGGUGGACUCGGAUGAUGAUUCCUGGGACCUCGUCACCUGUUUCUGCAUGAAGCCCUUUGCUGGCCGCCCCAUGAUCGAGUGUAACGAGUGCCACACCUGGAUUCACCUGUCCUGUGCAAAGAUCCGCAAGUCCAAUGUUCCGGAGGUGUUUGUCUGCCAAAAGUGCCGGGACUCCAAGUUUGAUAUCCGUCGCUCUAACCGGUCCCGAAUGGGCUCCCGGAAGCUGUUUCUGGACUGAUCCGGAGCUGUGGAGGAGAUGGGCAGGACUGGCUCUGGCCUCCCUUAGUUGAGCACAGAACUCGCAGCUCUGGUGCAGGCAGACCCUGCCACUCAGGUGCCUAAGCAAAGGACAAGCCGUCCAGAUAGACCUGUACAUAGCUAGUGAGCAGGUCAGAUGGUCAGAGCUGCUGCUCCAGCUGACAGUGGGGGCACACAGUCACUGUUAGCCAGUUGCGGCCAUUGGCAGCCGGUGCUAGCUGUCAUUCCUGUCUCCUCUGUGCUCCGGAGUGGAGGUGUUGUGUUUCCCUGGCUGUGUUCUCAGUGUUGCUCUUUUAUCACAAGUGUCUAUACAGCAGCCGUCCAAGUUGCUCGCCCUUUCGUGGUCUCACUUCCUUGCCUCAGUUGUACUUACGGAGCCGCGGAGCUGUUUUCUGAGAGGAGCCCUGGGUGGGGGGUGAGCAGUGGUUCUUUGGGUUUUCACUGUUGGUUUAAAGGGACAGUGUGUGGCCACCUUUCCACAGAGCAAGGGUUGGAGUGGAGGUGUUCUGUGUUCAUAACUCAGUUUCUUGUUUUGCACGAUGUAAAAAACAAAAAGCAUAUUUUUUUCCCACAAGACAGCCUAAAGUCUUGGCCACUGUCAUACUGGGUGUCCCAGCUGUGCUGUUGGUGGUCAGUGCCCCAGGGUGCCUGGUCCUGUUGUGGGAGCCCAUAGUUCCUUUUUAGCUGCUCCAGUAGCAGUCCACAGAAGAUACUGUCCUUGGGCCCUGUGUGCUGUUCUUCAGAUAAUGGGUGAAGAGAACCAGAGCAUUCUGCCUUCCAUACUGGCUGACCUGGGUUCCUGGGGUGAGGCAAGGUCUGAGUGCUAUAGCAUCAGCUUGCAGAGGUUCAAAGCGGUGAACCAGAGCCCUGGUCUGAGUGAGGGCUGGCUCAGCUCCUGGACACUGGUGGUCCUGGGGCGAGGGGAGGAAGAGGGCGUUGGCUCUCAAUCCAGCAUCUCCAAUGCUCGUUUUUUCUCAGCAGUGUUUCCUGCCCAUUUAUCACACGUGUUCUUUGUUUUAGGUCCGAGACAGAGCAGAGUGGCCAAAUGUGUCCCCUUUCUUCCCCUUCCUGGAGUACCUUUGCAGGGUCACCAGGCAUUCUCCCACAUUGUCUUAAGCACCAAAGGAGCUCAGACUGUAGACUGUAAUUUGGCAAAUCAGAGCCUUUUUUUU